AUGGCCAAACCAACCCUCAUCUUCGCGCCGGGCGCAUGGUACCCAUCAACAGCCUUCGAUCCGAUCUUCCCCAAACUCUCAGAUUACAAGUGCCGUAGCAUCGCCUUCCCAUCAAUCAUCAAAGCAACCGAAGUCAAAGAUCUCGAGCCAGACACGCAGGCCGUGCGCUCGGCCGUGCAGGAAGAAGUCGACGCAGGCCACGACGUCAUUGUGAUUGCGCACAGUUGGGCUGGACUCCCCGUCAACAGCGCAUUAGACGGACUGAGCAAGCUUGAACGGGAAGCCGAAGGCCUGAAAGGCGGCGUGGUCAAGCUCGUGUUCAUUGCGGCGUUUUUGCCGCAGAUUGGCGAGGGGCUGAUCGGCGCUUUUGGCGGGACGCCCCCGCCGUGGUAUGUUGUGGAUGAGGAAACAAACACCUUCACGACGAGUGAUCCGCAGUUCUUGUUUUUCCAUGAUGUUCCUGAUGGCGCGGAUUGGGCGAAAUCGCUUCGGCCUCAUGCUUGUGCUACUAAGACGGCCCCUGCGACCAGUACAGCCUAUAUGAAUAUUUCUACUUCUUUCUUGCUCUGUGAGGAGGAUCGCGCGAUUCCAGUCGCUGUGCAGCAGAUCCUGGUUGAUCGGGCAUGCAAGAGGGGUGCUGAGAUUGAAACUGAGAAGAUUCAGACUGGGCAUACACCUUGGCUAGUUGUUCCUGAUCAGGUGGUGGCUUAUAUCAAAAGACAGGCUGGAGACUCAGAGUAA